AUGGACGACGAGAGCCUGCAGAAAGCGCCGCCCAACACCCCGGAGCCGGAGCUUCGUCUAGCUUCACAAAGUGGCGGGCCUGGCGGUGAAGAUGACGGGCCUCCUCCUCCGGAGCCUCUCAGCAGCAAGGUGCCAUUGCCGUCCGCCCAACUUAGCCUUUACCGCGCGGCCGUCGUGCUCCGUGCCGUCCUCCUCGCGCUCUUCCUCCGGUACCGCGUCACCCACCCGGUGCAGGACGCCUACGGUCUAUGGCUGACCUCCGUCGCGUGCGAGUGCUGGCUCGCCCUCUCAUGGCUCGCCGCCCAGCUCACGAAGCUCUCACCGACCAACCGUACCACUCACCUCCACGUGCUCGAGAAGGAGGAGAAGGACGGCAAGACGCUGGCGAGCGUGGACGUGUUCGUGAGCGCGGCCGACUCAUCCAGGGAGCCGCCGCUGGCGACGGCGAACACGGUGCUCUCCGUGCUCGCGGCCGACUACCCCGCCGGCAGGCUCGCCUGCUACGUUUCCGACGACGGCGCAGACAUGCUGCUCCUCGAGGCGCUCGCCGAGACGGCGCGGCUGGCGCGGCGGUGGGUCCCGUUCUGCCGCGCGCACGGCGUGGAGCCGAGGGCGCCCGAGCCCUACUUCGCGCGCGGCGUGGAUUACCUCCGGGACAAGGUCGCGCCGUCUUUCGUCAAGGAGCGCCGCGCCAUGAAGAGGGAGUACGAGCAGUUCAAGCUGAGGUUGAACGGCCUCGUCGCCAGGGCGCGCAAGGCGCCGGAGGAUGGGUGGGUCAUGUCGGACGGCACGCCGUGGCCCGGGAACGACCCGAGGGACCAUCCUGCCAUGAUACAGGCUCUUCUCGGCUCCGACGAGAACGAGCUCCCUCGGCUCUUCUACGUGUCGCGGGAGAAGGGGCCCGGGUUCCAGCAUCACGGGAAAGCCGGCGCCAUGAACGCAUUGCUCCGGGUGUCUGCCGUGCUGACAAAUGGCGCCUACGUGCUCAAUCUGAACUACGAUCACUACGUCAACAACAGCAAAGCAUUCAGGGAGGCGAUGUGUUUCCUCAUGGAUCCGGCCGCAGGGAACAGGACAUGCUUCGUUCAGUUCCCUCUACGGCCCGCUGUCCACGCUGCAGAUGACGACGCGAGCCGCGACUCCGUCUUCUUCGAUGUCGAUAUGAAAUGCAUGGACGGCAUCCAGGGCGCGGUUUACGUCGGCUCCGGCUGCUGCUUCAACCGGAAAGCGCUCUACGGGUUCGACCCCGCGAUGGCUGACGACGCCGACGACCUGGAGACCGGCCGCCGGAAGUGGUGCUGUUUCGGGGCGAGGGAGAGGCGGAAGCAGAGACUGAAGAGGACCAUGUCGGUCGUCCCGUUGCUGGACUCUGAAGACGAUGACGAGGAAACAGAGGGGGCGAAGAGUCGGAGGCUGCGUUCGUACCGCGCCGCGUUGGAGCGGCACUUCGGCCUGUCUCCAUUGUUCAUCGAGUCGGCGUUCGGAGAGCAAGGGCUAGGCGGCAGCCCGCAGCCCGCGGCCAUGGUGGCGUCUCCUGUCCUCAAGGAGGCCAUCAUCAACGUCAUCAGCUGCGCGUACGAGGAGCGGACGAGAUGGGGCAAAGAGUUCGGGUGGAUCUACGGCGCCGACGCCGGCGACAGUGUCGUGACGGCAUUCAGGAUGCACGCGCGCGGGUGGGCGUCGGCGUACUGCAUGCCGUUGCGGCCUGCGUUCAGGACCUACGGGGAGUGCAGCCCCUCGGAGAUGCUCGCCGGCGCUUCGCGGCGAGCGGUGGCGGCCAUGGGGAUCCUGCUGAGCCGGCACUGCCCGCUCUGGGCCGCCGGCACCAGAAUGAAGCCCCUGCAGCGGCUGGCAUACGUGAACCGUGUCGCGUACCCGCUCGCCUCCCUCCCGCUUACCGUCUACUGCGCGCUCUCGGCCGCCUGCCUUCUCGCCGGCAAGUCCAUCUUUCCCAACGACGUGGGCUACGACGCCGGGGUCCUGCUCGUGCUCCUGCUCUUCUCGGUGAUCGCGUCCGUGGCGCUGGAGCUGAAGUGGAGCGGGGUGUCUCUUCGGGCGUGGUGGCUGGACGAGAAGCUCUGGGUGGUCAUCGGCACGUCGGCGGGCCUCGCCGCCGUGUUCCAGGGGAUCUUUAGGGCGUGCACCGGCAUCGACGUCGGCUUCUCGACGGACACAACAACGACGCCGGUUGAAGGGGAAGAGGAGGAGGCAACGACGAUGCAUGGCUCGACACUGUCGGUGCGGUGGAGUAACCUUCUCGUGCCACCGAUCAGCGUGCUGUUGGGCAACCUCGCCGGAGUGGUGGUGGCGAUCUCGUACGGGGUGGACCAUGGGUACGAAUCAUGGAGCCCGCUCGUUUGGAGACUACUAUUCGCCGCCUGGGUGGUGGCGCACUUGCAGGGGUUCCUCAGGGGACUCCUUGCGCGACGGGAGAGGGCGCCGACCAUCGCCGUCCUCUGGUCGGUGCUCUUCGUCUCCAUCCUGUCGCUGCUCUGGGUCAAUAUCCAGACGUACUAUGCGCCGGCGGCGGCCACGCAACGGCCGAUCUUCUGA